CUUCCGGCUAUUCCUGCUGGACUAGUUCCUCUCUUGUCUCCUCCCCGCACCAAUCCUUUUGCUUUGGGCUCACCAUAGCAACGGCCUUUAGCGUUCCGGAAGUGGGGCUCGGAGGGGCUCCCUUUUGAGGGCUGAAUUGGCAAACUGCGGAGGUAGUGCAGCGAGCAACUAUGGAGCGGGUUUUGCCCCGCGAGGUGAAGGGCGCUACGCCGUUUGUAGUGGCAUUGAGGGCCAGGCCUCCUAAAGAUCAACAAGCUGAGAAACAUCUCCGUAAACUUAGACAUGAUACAUAUAAGAAAGAAGCCAUUGAAAAUGCCAUGAAAGAGAAUGAAAAGUUUCACUUGGGUAUAGAGUGGGAUAUGCACAUUGACCGAAUUUCUAUGAACAAAAAUGUGCAGCGACAAGUGGAAGAUGCUAUGCAAGGAGUUUUGCUAAAUACUGAAGAAAGAAGAAACAGGCUUCGGGAACUCCUAGAAGCGGAAGAAAAUCAAUAUUUAGCUGAAAUUCAAAUGAAGGAAAAUUCAAUAAAGAUUAGACAAGACGAGAUGAGAAGGAAAGUUGGAGUAUUAAAGGAAGCAAGAGAAAAGGAUAGACAAGAUUUCGUUGCUAAAAAACGAGACCAACAAUUCAGGGCACAAUGUGAUGAGCUCCGUCUCCUCUUGUUCCAAAUCCAUGCGAAGAGGGUGAAUGAAGAGCGGGAAGUCCAGGUAGCAUUUAAUGAAGAACUGAGAAGACAAAAAAUGCUUGAAGAAAAACUGUUUGCUGAUCUUUGGGAACAUGACAGAUUAGCAAAGGAAAAAAGAGCAGCUGAUGAAGCCUCUGAAAAAGCAAAGAGAGAUGAGCAAACACUUUUGUGUCUUAAUGCCCAGAUGGCUAGUAUUAUGGCUCAAAAUCAAGAGGCCAAGCGUGUAAAGGAAGAAGAAGCUCUAAUAUUGGAAGAGAAUAUAGCUCAGCUGAAACUAGAGAGAGAGAGAGAGAGGCUGGAGAUGAAGCAGAGGAUGCGGCAGAUGAGGGACAUACUGCAGCAGGCCCUCCAAGACAGGAAUGAACGUCUGGCUCAGGAAAGAGCCGAGGAACUCUACUUGGACAACAAGUUUUUAGAAGUUGCUCGUCAAGAAACUCAAGAUGAGACUGAAGAACUGAGGCAAAAGAAAGAAGACUUGGAGAGGGAAGGAAAACUUUAUCAGGCCUAUCUGAAUCAGUACCGGGAACUUAAGGAACUUGAUGAAGAAAGGACAGACAAAAUCAUAGCAGCAGAGGCCGAAAAGAUAAUAGCCAAGCAGGACCUGCAGGUGAAGCUCGAAAAGGACGCAAGAAAACGACUAAUGGAUGAUGUCUUGGCUACCAGACGACUGCAAGUUAUAGAAAAAAUGGAAAGAGAGGAAAAAGAAAAAUGUCUUGAUGAGGAAUUAAUAAUGAAAGGUUUUGAAGAACUUAACUGUGAAGAUGCAGAAAAUUAUGCAAGAAAAUUCGGAGAAACCCUGGAAUAUAGGGAGAAUCUGCAAGCUCAAAUUGAACAUCAGCAACAAUUGCGAGAGGCAGAAAAAGAAGCAGAAAGGAAAGAAUAUGAAGCAGGGUUGGAGGCAAGGAAAGAAUUUGGUGAAAAAAUUCAAGAAGCACUUGCAAAGUAUGAAGCAGACCAAGAACGCCUCCAUCCUUUUCGAAGAACUAGUUCAAAAGAAAAUAGAUUUCCAUGCUAGUAUGUUUAGUAUCAAUUAAGAUACAAAUUAACACAUCUAAUGCUCAAAAAUAAUUUAUUUUCAAAUGCUUACUAACUCAUUAAUAAACUAUUCUUUCUUCCUGAGUUUGUAUAA